GAGCGCCGUCUGCCCGCAGGUGGGCACUUGGAGGUGGAGCCCCCAGACUCCGUGGUGGCAGUGUCCUUGGGCGGGUCUCAGCAGCUCACCUGCCGGCUGGUCUGCCCUGACCACAGGACCCGCUCGGUGCAGUGGCGGGGCCUGGACACCAGCCUGGGCGCCGUGCGGUCGGACGCGGGCAGCAGUGUCCUCUCCGUGCGCAAUGCGUCCCUGUCCGCGGCCGGCACCCGCGUGUGCGUGGGCUCCUGCGGGGCCGUCACCUUCCAGCAGACCGUGCAGCUCCUGGUGUUCGCAUUCCCAGACCAGCUGACUGUCUCCCCAGUAGCCCUGGUGGCCAAGCAGGACCGAGAAGUGGCCUGCACCGCCCAUAACAUCACACCUGCCAGCCCUGAGGCCCUCUCCUUGUCCCUGCUCCUGGGGGACCAGGAACUGGAGGGGGUGCAGGCCCUGGGCCGGGAUGUGGAGGAGGAGCCCCAGCAGGGUGAGGACCAGCUGCUUCGGGUAACAGAGCGCUGGGUGCUGCCCCCGCUGGAGACCCCCACCCCACUCACCCUCCGCUGCCGAGCAACCAUGAAACUACCUGGCCUGAAGCUGAGCUACCAGCGGGCCAUUCCAG